CGGUGUGGGCAGUGAGAAAGGGGAGGAGGGAGAGGGAUUUUGGGAGAUUUCUUUGUCUCUUCUGGAUACCAGAGUGGGAUUGGAGAGGUCACAUGGGCGGCAUAAAAUCCUCAGGAGGGCUCUUUUGUUAUUAGGAAAACAGGAGUAAGGUUGGCGGGUUCGGAACAUUUUGGUACGCGGGGUCUUUGGGCGCCAGGCAUAUUGCCAGAAGACGUGAGUCGUGUUGAGUCAGUCUGAAAGGUGUUUCAGACAUAAGGCAGCCUUCAGGUGCUUUUCAUGACUCCAUCGCAGUUCGCAGCCUGUUUGAAGUAGUCUUGAUAAGCUGACACCUGGGUUUGCGGGCAUUGCAGUUUAUUGCACCUGAUGCUAUAGCAAAACAAUGAGCUGGAGCUUCUUAACCCGCUUAUUGGAAGAAAUUCAUAACCAUUCCACUUUUGUGGGGAAGCUAUGGCUAACCAUACUUAUUGUUUUUCGCAUUGUAUUGACAGCCGUUGGAGGAGAGUCUAUCUACUAUGAUGAACAGAGCAAGUUUGUUUGUAACACGCAUCAACCUGGUUGCGAGAAUGUCUGUUAUGAUGCCUUUGCACCCCUUUCUCAUGUGCGUUUUUGGGUAUUCCAAAUAAUUAUGGUAUCCACACCAUCAAUCAUGUACCUUGGCUUUGCAAUGCACAAAAUUGCCAGAACAGGAGAUGUAGAACAGAGCAAAGUCAAGAAGCGGAUGCCAGUGAUCCAGCGAGGAGCAAGUAGAGAUUAUGAGGAAGCAGAGGACAAUGAUGAAGAAGAUCCAAUGAUAUUUGAAGAAAUUGAGCCUGAAAAAGAUGAUAAAACUUCAAAAGCAACUGAAAAAAAGCAUGAUGGGCGUCGCAGGAUAAAGCAAGAUGGGCUAAUGAAAAUUUAUGUCCUACAGCUUUUGUCUCGUUCAGUAUUUGAGGUGGCUUUCCUUUUUGGCCAAUAUAUAUUGUAUGGAUUUGAAGUACCUCCAUCUUAUAUCUGUAGCCGCAGCCCCUGUCCUCAUAUUAUUGAUUGCUUUGUCUCAAGGCCAACAGAGAAAACUAUAUUUCUUCUUAUUAUGUAUGUUGUGAGUGGACUUUGUCUACUGAUGGAUAUCUGUGAAAUGAUUCACCUAGGAAUCGGUGGCAUUCGUGAUGCACUUCAUAGCAAAUCUAGAAGACCUCCACCUGGGACUAAUAUGCGAUCAUCUGUGUCUAGACAGCUACCAUCUGCACCUCCAGGUUACCACACAACUCUCAAAAAGAUGCCCAAGGCUAAAUUAUCAGGUGGACGCAAGUCCGAGUUUGCUGAUAAUCUUGGGGAUUCUGGUCGUGAAUCAUUUGCGGAUGAAACUGCUUCAAGAGAGCUGGACAGGUUACGCAAACACCUAAAAAUGGCCCAGGAACACUUGGAUAUGGCUUUCCAGCUGGAAAUUAGCAGUCCAUCUCGUAGCAGCAGUCCAGAGUCAAAUGGUACUGCAGUAGAACAGAAUCGUUUAAACUUUGCUCAGGAGAAAGAGGGAGCAUCUUGUGAAAAAGGAAUCAGAGCAUAAUUCUUCUUGGGCAAUAGAAUACUUGCAUGACCAUCGUCAAGGAAGCAGAACUUUUAAGUCGCUGGAAACAUUAUGUUUAAACUUUUUAAAGAGAAUAAUGUGCAUAUUUUUUAACCAGAAUAUUAAGUGAAAUGCUGCUUGUAUUUCUGGAGUAAAACCUCAAAUGUGCACAAGAAGUAAAAUGUUUGGCAGCACCAUCUUGAAGAUCUGAGGUGAAGUCAAAGUUUGAAGUGGCCUGCACACUGAAGGGUCUGUCAUGGACCAUGCAACUUGGACUGAAUGCUUUCUGAGCCAUCUGUGCAAAGAUUUGUCCAGAGUUUAACAGGAAAGUUCUGACUGUUUCAACUCAGGGUUGCCUGAAGUGCUGUUCAAUUUAUAUAUUCCUUAGUUUAAGGCACUGUGUUUCUGUUUACAUUUUUUUUCUCCAUUCCAAAAAAUGUGGUUGUCAUGCCUAAGAUAAAAGCAACUGUUAAUCUAGGUUACAUUUUUGUAUAUAUUUGUACAAUUUUCUGCCUUAAAAUGUAUUUGAAAAGGGGAGAUUUGCAAUCUAAAAUGACACCUGGGCUUUACUAGACAAGAGAAACCACCUGAAAUGGCUAGUUUUCUAUCCUUGGAUCAAUAUGCUUAGAGCCUAAUAUUGUGUAGGCUUGUAAAAUGGUACAAUAAUGUAGCUAUAUGAGUUUUGAAUUGAUAAGAUCACAAACCAUCUUAAGUAGCUCAUAUAAACUGGACAUUGAAGUUUACCAAAAUAAAAAUGGAAUGAAUGGAUUUACUUGAGGUAAAAAUAUUUGUAGUUCAUAUGCACCUCUUUUUGUGUAUUUUUGUUUGUUUUAUGCUUAUACACUUACUAGGUAAUUACAGAGGUGUUCAAGUGAGGUAUUAUCUGUGCAAGGAUGUCCUUUGAAUAUGAGUUCAAUAACACCCUACUCCCCAAUAAAUUCAAGUCAAGAAAUUGAAGUUGUUACUUGAGAAACAUAAGCUUUUUUUUUUUUUUUUUUUGCUGUACCUCUGAAAUAUAAAAGGUCAGCACAAAUGUUAUUGUGCCUUGUUGAAUAUUUCAAAACUGGAAAAUGCUUGAACAAUUUCAUAGGUUUCAUUCUUAGCAUUUGUUCUUUUGUGUGUGUGUUGUUGAGCUUUUUUAUUUUUUACUACUUGAAGUCUUCCAUCUUACUGGGGGUGGGGGUUGUAGUAGUAUGAUCACUUUACAUUUACAAUGGUGUAUUUUUGUAACUUCAUAAAAGAUAUAAGCUGGAAAAGCUGUUCUUUGAGCUUUCUAUAUUUUGUAUGUUUUGUAUUAAGAAAUGUUAAUCGUAUGUUGACACAUUUUGACAAGAACACAGUUUUGUGCAUGUGGAUGGAAUCCAUUUAGUUGAUGCGGAAAGCAUUUUUACACUGAGAAUAUGCAGUUCAUAGUAGCUGUAAAAGCAAUACCAACACACCAUUGGUACAUGAAUGAAGUUAGGUAGCUAAUAAUGCUAAAUAAUAUAUUUGUGUGAACUGCAGAUGUAGGAGAAGCCAGGUUAAACGGAUUAUAAUCAGUUCUGCCAUUGGAUUCUCUCACUUCUCCAGUGUGUAAUGAAGACUUACACAAACAGCUACUGCUGCUUGCACUUUUGUCUUAAGUUCCUCCUGCCUGCAGUUAAAUUGCUCCCUGUACCUCUAACAUAACUGGGGGAGAAUGUGUCAACAUUUAAUAGGAAUUUGAACUCUUGUCUGAUUUUAGAAGUGAGCUGCUGAACUGUAAGAGCAGGAUCUUUGAAAACUGUUUCAAGCAAUGUUAUACCUAUCAGAAAAGAAAGGAAUAAAGUUAAAAGUUCAAGAUAAACCUUUAAUGUGAAAAGGUUAGAAUAAAAGUCUGGGCAGUGGAACCACCUUCUCCUCCAUUCUUUAUGGAAUGUGAAGAGGGUUAUUUACAGUAAAUAUUGAUGGAUGACUAUGAAUUUCAUUUCUGUCAACAGUACAGAAUUCGUUUUGAAUGUUUGUGGCCUGACUGUGAACAUUCUGUAUGGUGGUCUUUUUUUUUUUUUUAAUAUGCUGAAACAAUCAAGUUCAAAUUUCAAAAGGUUGUAUGGUACUCUACAAGUUGUCUGAAAAUAGUGAUUUCCACAUUUAAGUUUUUGUUUAUAGUGUAUUCUUGCUAAUAUUUUUGUACUUAGAAAUAUUUUCAAGAUAGCAUUCCAAUAGAUUAGAUUUAUACAGUAGUUUUUAUAUUACUGGAUUUUUGUAGUCAAUUAAACUUUGUUUUCAUAA